CCAACACGACUUUUACUCUUCACAUCUCCACCACCGCAAAUCAUGAAGACAUCUCUGGUCCUCCUUGCCCUCAGUCUGCUGGCUUGUUCAGUUUGGGAAAUCCAUGGGCGAAUACCAAGAGGUUUUAACCCUGAUGACCAGGAAGUAGUAGAAGCACAGCCGGAAAAGCGCAUGGAGAACAAGCUAUUGGGAACCUGCUGGGUGUGUAAGUGGGCACUGGAAAAAGUGAAGAAAUCCAGCUCCACUUCCUCUAGCCAGGAGGAGCUAAAGCAGAAGCUGUUGUCUGUUUGCGAUAAUGUUGGCUUCCUAAAAUCUAUGUGUAAAGGCCUGGUGAAAAAACACUUGGGGGUGCUGAUUGAGGAGCUUAGCACAAGCGAUGAUGUGAGGACCAUCUGUGUUAACAUUAAGGCCUGCAACUUUAGACCAAAGGAAGUUUUGGACCUGAGCUACUGACCAAGCAGCCAGUAUCCAGAUUCCAAAGUGAGAAGAUGGAUGUUCAGGUGUCAAGACAAUGCUAUGCUGCCAGCCUCUUGCUCUUUCUUUUUCAAACUAGUCACAACACAAGCAUAUAAAUGGAUGAUGAAGUUAUUGGAAUGAUUAUGUUCUGAAAUAAUGUUGUGGGAACAUGUAUUAUAAUUAUGCAAUGGCCAAAGGCCAGAGGGGGUGUGGUACAUGGCCAAUUUACCAUGGCUAUGGGCUGUUCUUAUGCACCAUGCAACGUUAUGGUAUAAUGGCCCUAUCCCACAAACCAUCAAGGUGCCUUGAUGCUAUUAUAAACAGGUUACCAACGUAAUUAGAACAGUAAGUUAGUCGUUUUGCGUCAUACCCGUGGUAUAUUGUCUCAUAUACCAUGGCUUUCAGACAAUCAGCAUCCAGGACUCAAAUUAUCCAGUUUAUAAUAGUGUAUGUGUCUGUCUUAAAUUGCAUUACAUUUUGUAUCAUCUACAAAGGUAAACCUUUUGCUACUUUAGUCACAUAUGUUGAAAAAAAAUUAUGUUUGUUUGUGUGAACUUUUUGUCCAGGAAAAAA